UGUCCUUUCUGAGAAAUGUCCCCGCAGUAAAGGUGGGAUGUUAAAAGUGGUGCCACACAAAGAUAGUAAGACAACAGCACUCACUCACAGCGAGAACAGCAGGCUCAAAUAUGUUUAACUUCAGGGCGGGUCAACUAAUGGACAAUGAAGCUUCUUGUUGCACACCAUACAUCUCACACGGACACCACCGCGAUCAAACGUACAUGCUACACUGUCACACAGUCUCCCCACAGUGCAAACAUAAAGGCUUCAAAUAUGUGGUGCUGGAGGCAGUCAGGAAGUACGUUUAUGUGAUCCAGUCUUUUGUGUCAUCAUCUUAUCAAGUUUUACACAUGAUCCUACACGCACCUGAUGCUCCAGGCGACUAAUCCCUCUUCAUUCAAUCACCUUUACUCUGUCAUAUGCAUCUGCUGCUCGUCUCUUCACACACACACACACACACACACACACACACAAACACUGCAGAAAGGGGAAGAGGCGUAAGAGUAUUUUAACUCGUGUUGGAGAAACCUGCCUGUCCGCUCAGAGCUGAGAGGAGGAGCUUGUGGGGCGUGGGACUCCAGACAAAGAAGACAAAUGCACACUAACAGCACAUACGACUGGAGCAACAGAGGACAGCUGGAAACAAUCUUCAACUCCUGGGACUACUUUUUUUCCCCCCGACUAGCAAACUUGUUAAAAAAAAAAAAAAAAAGGUAGUUGGUGUGCCAGCUGUGUGUGGAUCCAUACGAUGGCUGACGUCGGCUGCCAUAUGUUGCCUGCAGCGUAUGGGAAAGUGUGUGUGUGUUAGCAUGUUUGGGAUGGCAAAGUGGGGCAGGCUCGACCAACAGCUCUGUUCUUAGCUCUGUGCCAUGGGGGGUUGCCAUAGUUACCCCACGGCGACCAAAGCAGACGGCAAGGCUCCUCCUGAUAUCAACAAUGACAAACUGGGGAUUAACAACAAUAACCUGGAGGAGCGUCCGUACCUCCAACAGGAGUACGUGUGCCAGCACAUCACUCAUUUGGACAUGUCCGCCCUCACGGCACUGCCGCCUGGCGUGGACAAGGCUGAGUGGCUGGCCAGCAACACCGUGACAUUUUUCAAACACAUAAACCUGUUCUCCAGUGCGCUGUCCGAGUUCUGCACACCCAGCACCUGCCCGACUGCCUGUGGACCAGGCGACACAGUUUAUGUUUGGACUGAUGACCACGGCAGGAAGCUGAAGUGUUCCGCUCCACUUUACUUUGACUAUGCCAUGUCCUACAUUCAGGAUCUACUAACUGACGAAGAUGUGUUCCCUACAAAAGCAGGCUCAGUGUUCCCCACAGGCUUCAUCUUUCUAGUCCAGAAGGUCUUUUUGCUGCUGUUCAGGACUCUGGCCCACAUUUACUGGUCCCACUACCGACAGACGCUUGCACUGGGCCUGCACCCGCACCUCAACACACUUUUCACACACCUUACGCUCUUCUGCCGGCAGCACGCACUCCUGGAUGUGCAGGACACGGAGCCGCUGCAGGACCUCAUCACAGCUCUGGGACUGCAAGGAUGUAUCUAAACAGGAAUCAUUUGCUGGUUACAGCAGGAUGUGAAGUUAUGCUUUAAAAAGCAGUUUGUCGGUCAACAGUAUCAGGCUCUGAAUGUGUAGAUUAUGUUUUUAUUAUUUUUAUGACAUUGUUAUAGAUUGCGUAUUUAUCAUAACAAUGCAUUCCAAUGUAUACAGAUGUUGCUGGUUAUUCAAGUCUUCUACGUUUAUAUUAAAACAGUCAGAAUUUUCUGGUGGCCACCUCUCAUCUGACAUAACCGACAGUCCAGUAGCAAUGUGCCAUCAUGUGCCAUCAAUUCUAACAUGUACAACCGCCAUAGAAAUGUUAAGACUGCAUGAUUACAGUAGGCUAUACCCUCAACUAUAAUACUGUAUAUGGAACUACUCAACUUGUGUGUGUAUGUAUCCUGUGCUAGAAACACUUGUGUUUGAAAAAUAAAAAAGGGCAAAAUGUUACAGUUGAAAUAAUGCAUCUGAAAACUGUACUUGUUUCAGAGGACCUGUUUGUAUUCAAAAUUGACAUGAAACUAUUGUGGCGAAAAGUCCUGCUAUCUGUUUGACAACAACGCCCCCUGCUGCCAGAUUGACGAAGCACGUUACUCAGCACUAACAAGUCCUGUUAGACUGAGCCUACCAAAAAAAGAGGUUCCACUCAAAUAGUAUAAAAAUCAAAUUGUCCUCAUUAGGGUUAUGGGUGAGUUGGAGCCUAUCCCAGCUGACAUUGGCCAAGAGGUGGGGUACACCCUGGAGUUGUCAACAGUCGAUUGCAGGGCACGUGUUGACAAACAAUAAUUCACAUUCACAUUCACACCUAUGGAAGAGUUUCCAAUUAGUUUAACAUGCAUCUUUUUAAAUGUGUAAGGAGAAAACUCAAGAACAGGGAGAACAUGCAAAGUCCACACAAAGAGGUCCAAGCUGAACCAGAAUCACCAAGUGUGAGUAAUUUAGAAGUAGGGGUACCAAAAAGAUGGGUAGGAGUAUCAAGAAGUUGGGCACCAUAAUAACACCGGUGCCGAUGAAUACGGUAGUAAACAGACCGAUAAACUAAGAGGAUAUCGGUGCCUGCUUUCGGUGUUAAACUAAUAUUUACUAUUACGUUAAUAGUUCUUUUUAGUUUAGUGGCACUGAAAUUAGGCAAAAAUGAAGUAUAGUUACUGCCGAGUGAAAUAUCAUGACGGUGUUACAGUUGAUGUCAGUUUUUCACCUGCACAGACGAUGGUUAGCAUCCAGCUAAAAUGCUGAGGACGAAACGUUUGGAAGUUUUGGUUGUACUUGACUUCAAGAGAUGCCGACUCAGCCACCUGCAGCAAGUGCUUGUAGGUGGCUAUAUUGUGCAAGUAACAUCAUGUAACUAACUUCAUUUUGCUCAAUUAAUACACGACUCUUGCAUCUACGUUUAACAAGUAAACACCAUUGUAACGGUUGUCUGACAUUGCCAGAAUUGUGUCUCGCUUUCUCUAUUUCUGCUCGAAUUGUGCGGAAUGUAUGCACUCUUGCAAUUUUUUUGGGACAUUCCCUGUGUUCUGUAUUGCUGCUGGUUUUGCUCUGAUACUUAUGACAAUCUGUUGUUGAUUUUAUUUCACACUGGCAAAUUGAUUACUUUGUUAUAAAUUCAUUUAUAUUUUUUUAAAAUUUAAAUUACUAUUCUGUUCAGCUUGUGUGUCAAAAAUGUUUGUAAAAAUAAAAAGGCA